AUUAAACAUUGUGGAAGUGUGGAGCCCUCGGGACUUGCCUUCUUUGAACGUCGUCCUCCUCCAGUCCCAUUUCACUAAUCACAAUUCACAAGGUCUUUUCAGAAAUUCGUGUAGUGGAUAAAAUUGAUUGAAAGAAUAAGUAGCAACCCUGUCAACGUAUUAAUCCGACUACAAAUAAUAUCCUCCUACAAUGGUAAUUAUCAAUCUAUCAUACUCUACAAAUCCUUAUCUUAAUUGUUGACAUGAUUAUCUAUAAAGCACUAGUGAAUGGUGCGAUCCAACAACAACAUCGUAUUAACGGAUUGGUAUCAAACUAGUUUGGAUUGAUGAGAAGGUGAAUAAAAAACAAGAAUAGGAAAUUUCUUUGAUAGUUUUUGUUUGAAUUUUACAACAAUUGAAAUGGUGGGGAGGAUGAUGACAUUGCAACUACAUUGGUAGGAAACAUUCGCCAGAAGAAUAAAAAGAAUUCCCAGCAACCACUUUAACCUUUUUCUUCUUUCGUUAAUUACUGGUGAUCGUUCGUUGCUGUCACUUUGCGCCCUUUCUUGCACCAAUUUAUGAGGUGAAGACCAAAUAAAGACCACUCAACCACCAAAUUACAGUCUUUGCUACUAUUACUAACUGCUCUCUGCCUCUCUCUCCAUUUUCCAGAACCUCUGUUUUCUGGGUGCGGUAUUUUUUUCCUCCUCUGUGUUUACAUUUAGGUAAGUCUGUCACUCACAGAUGAAUCAAAACCCUUCCUGUAUUAAUUUGCUGCUGCUGCUUUCAUUUGUAUUCUCUUGACUUGUCCUCCUCUUUCUCUCCCGUCCCGUGAGCUCGUCAUUGUGGAAUGUAGCUUUACUCCCUACAAAUAGCCCACCAAAAGAGGGGGAAAAACCCUUCCUGUCUCUCUAAGCUCUUUCUCGCUUACUCGACUCCCAACUUGCACCAUCAGUUUCCCAGUCAAUUUCCCUUUCUGGGUUUGCUUCCAAGUUUCGACCUUUCUCAUCAGGCGCUUUCAUUUCCCUCUUUCUCGCUGUCUCAUAGUUCGGAGGUAAACUGGAAACCGUCUUCCCCGCCAAAAAUGUAAAGGAAAAGGAAACGGUUCUUUUGUUUUUGGUUUCAUUUCUCAGUUUGAGAUGGAGAAGCUAUGAGGUUUUGCUGAUGUUUGUUUUUCUGGGGUUGGUCGUUGUAACGCAGCGAUGGAGUCGGAGAAUGGUGAGGGCAAGUCGAAGCUGGAAGAUUAUGAGGUCAUUGAGCAGAUUGGAAGAGGAGCUUUUGGCUCUGCUUUUCUUGUUCUCCACAAAGCUGAGAAAAAGAAGUAUGUGCUGAAGAAGAUUCGGUUGGCUAAUCAAACCGAGAAGUUCAAACGCACAGCUCAUCAAGAGAUGAACCUCAUUGCCAAGCUAAAACAUCCAUACAUUGUGGAGUACAAGGAUUCUUGGGUAGACAAGGGGAAUUGUGUGUGCAUAGUGACCUCAUACUGUGAGGGAGGAGACAUGGCUGUACUUAUAAAAAAGGCUAGAGGAAUUAUCUUCCCAGAAGAGAAAGUAUGUAAAUGGCUGACUCAAUUAUUACUAGCUGUCGACUACUUGCACUCGAAUCGAGUGAUUCACAGGGAUCUGAAGUGUUCCAACAUAUUCCUCACUAAGGAGAAUGACAUCCGCCUUGGUGACUUUGGACUGGCAAAACUACUGAACACAGAAGAACUUGCUUCCUCGGUUGUUGGAACCCCUAACUACAUGUGUCCGGAACUACUAGCUGACAUACCUUACGGGUACAAAUCCGACAUCUGGUCACUAGGAUGUUGUAUGUUCGAAAUCGCAGCCCAUCAACCAGCUUUUAAGGCUCCUGAUAUGGCUGGACUUAUCAACAAAAUAAACCGAUCGCUGAUAUCUCCUCUUCCGAUUGUUCACUCUUCUUCACUGAAACAAAUUAUCAAAAGUAUGCUCAGGAAGAAUCCAGAACACAGACCAACAGCUGCAGAACUUCUGAGGCAACCACAUCUCCAAUCAUAUCUCUUCCGUUGCCGUAAUGCAUCAGCUGUUUUUCUUCCAAUACUGCCUUUGAACAACUCUCCUGAGAAAUCAAGACGAAAAUCGCUGACUAGGCGACUCAGUGGUGGAGGGCCCAGCAAUCCUGUGGUCAGCAGAGAGAUGGUAGAACAAAAUGAUCACGUCCCACCCGAGAGAUCAAAUGGCAAUGCAACAUCAUCUACUUCUAGUGCAGAUGAUAACCUGGACACGAAAACAGCUAAUUCCAAAACAUCUGACACAAUCACUGGUCCAAAAGACAGUUCCACCGACUCGGAGAUAAGUGUUUGCAAUGUCGGAGGAGAGAAGCAGAGUGAUGAUUCAAGCGGUCUUCAUCAAAAGGAUGUCACUGAAACUGAAUUCGCCUCACCGAGCCCUCAGCAGGAACCUGAGCGCUUGCAGGAUCCACGAGAUGUUGAGAUCAACCUUGUGACUGAAAGAGAAGAAGAUUUCAACCUACAGGCUUCUGAGAAGGAUCAACUAGAAAUGCCAAAUGACACAACAGAGGAAACUUGCAGAGAAGAACCUGUUUCCGAGGAGACAUUGUUGGUGCCAGCUGAGAAUCAUGAAGCUCCUUCCAUGCUGUUACAGCCAACGCCACCUGAAAACCAGCCGGAGCAUCAAAAUCCAGCGUCCCCCAGAGUUAAUGCAGAAGAAAGGACUCUUUCCGAUCUUCAUCCAGCAGGUAAAGAUGAAAGUGGAUCAAAUCCUGAGAACACUAGAAAUAACAAUGAUCAUCGCGAUGGCGAAGCAGCGAAUCACGAGGCAGGGCCACUACCACCUACAGCAAACCACAUCUCGCUGCUACGAACGCUGGCAGCGAUCAACGAUCAGAAGGGGGAGUGGGGGACUCCAACCCAGCAAAGGGCAGAUGCUCUCGAGUCGUUGCUCGAGCUGUGCGCGCGUCUGCUCAAACAGGACAAGGUCGACGAGCUUGCUGGCGUGCUGAGGCCAUUCGGAGAAGAAGCUGUGUCGUCGAGGGAGACCGCGAUCUGGCUCACUAAGAGCCUUCUUUCUCAGCACAAGUAUGGAGAAGGCUCCUCAUGAAGAAGAAAAGAAACUGUGUCUAAUACUUGUUAUAUAUGUGUAUACAUGCAAAGGUGGUGUGUUAUUGUUAGGUUUCUUCUAAUGUUUGAUGGUGUUAUUGUAGAGUUUUGUUCUGACUGGUUUACCAAAGAGUGUUUGUAUUGUAUGAUUUGUGAGCUUAUCUACUCCAACCUAAAUAUCAAAUUUAUAAUUUCUUUUAGUUUUAGCUAUUAUUUAUAUAAAAAAAAUUUGUAAAAAAUAUUAUUGAGGAGAGGAGAAAAGUGUAUCAAAGAAAAUGUGUUUAUGCAA